UUUGAAAUAGGUCCACUUGUCAACUGAGAAAAAUAAUAUUUCGCUAAUAGAUUCUAUAAACUUAUAGGGGGUGCAAUAAAUAAAAAAAAAUUUCGAAAUGGGUGCAAGGCGUGAUGUUGCGACCCUUCUUCAGCGUGUGCGUGCAUUCCUACUAGGCCGUGAACACACUUUGGCAUUGCGUUUUGAAGAAGGCUUAGCUGAUCGUACACAGCCUCCACCAGAAGUGCCUGGCGGUCCCGCACAUUUGCUUGCUGCCAAUUUCUACUACAAGCGUGAUCCACGGCGAGAGGUGCAGCCGCCCAUCGAUGUUGUGCAGCAGCAAUUAAUAGCUGACAAGGGCGACGUAAAAACUGAAAAGCUGCCAACACCUGGACCAGUUUAUCGGUGGGAUUAGUGUCAGAUUAUAUUGGGGUCAAGCUAAUCAGGCGGACAAAUUACCCGAAGCAACUUGGAAAUUUUCAAUUUCUCUGAAAUAUACACAAAUUAUUGCUUAGAUUUAUGUGUCAGUGAAGUUUAUUAAAAAUAAAUUCUUUAACUACACUCAA